AUGAAGCAGGUAAAACCCGAGCGAUUGGCUGGUAAUGAGAUAAAAGAGGAAGAAUCCCUAUCCGAGCACAUCAUCAAUGAAGAAAGGAGUUCGAAAGAAGAACUCAAGAAUAUUUCAACUCGGCUUGCAGCUGAGAACAAUUCUCGACCAGAGAAAUCUGAGGAAAGCCAUACGGUUCAGAAGAACGAUAUUCCUGACGAAAAAACAAUUCUCCAAGCUAUAGCUCCGGCUUUCAUUGAUGGUUUCUCGGAUUCAGCGGGUCGUCGCCCGGCUUACAUUAUCUGUUUCACGAUUUACAUCAUAUCCAACAUAGCUCUCGCUCUCCAAAACAACUAUGUCACUCUCCUCAUUCUCCGUAUGGUGCAAUCAGCCGGUGGAUCCGGCACUGUUGCUUUAGCAAAUGCUGUAGUAGCCGACAUUGCCACUUCCGCUGAAAGAGGAAUUCGCGUUGGUUAUGCAUCUAUGAUGGCUGGAUUUGCACCCGCAGUUGGUCCUAUUCUUGGCGGCAUCGUAUCCCAAUACACCAGCUGGAAGUGGAUUUUCGGAUUCCUAGCGAUUUUCUCCAUGGCCUUUUUCAUUCCACUUCUUCUUUUCAUGCAUGAGACCUACAGGAAAAUAGUAGUCGACGGAUCAAUACCACCACCCAAAUGA